CCAAGCAACUGACUGAAUUUUCAGCUUCCUUUAAAAUUUUCAACCACAAUGGGAAAACAAUUUACUAUUCGAAAUUCUCUACUGACCGACAACUUCGCCAAUUCUCAAACUUUUAGUAUCUACAAUGUGAUUAUCAUCUCCUUUACGUGUCUAUUUUUCCAAACACUAGGAAAAGAAUAUGUCACAAGAGGAAGAGUAACUUUCGGAUUGGAUGUAAUAAGAACAGGCUUCGUCCACUUCGAUAAAGCUGUCUUCGUUUGGUUGUGUUCUUUUGGGUCAGCUUGUGCCUCAUUUCUCUUCUUUAAAAUAUGGUCAAAUCUUAGAGAGUUUGUCAAAGAAACCGCCACGAUUUUGGACUGCUUUGGAUUAAUAUGUCUGGCUGUGUAUUCCUUUUACACUUGCAAGUUAGUCACUGAUGCAGUAUAUUAUUUCGAUUUCAAUAUGCCUUGUACUCUUUUUAUUAGUCUUGAACAGGUAAGGUUUUUAAUUAAAGUACAUGCUUUCGUGCGAACCAAGACCUCGGAAGGACCCUCUGGUUUGUCUUUUUCUAAAUAUCUAUACUUCCUUUUUGCUCCUACCCUCAUCUACAGAGACGCCUACCCUCGAACGAACACCAUCAACUGGAAAUUUAUCAUUCAGUGUCUUCUCGAAUGCAUUGCCAGUUUUUUCGCACUGACUUUCUGCGUCGUGAACUGUUUUCCAUCUUCGGAAAGAUGGGCACAAAAGUAUACUGUAUCCGAGAUACUGUUCGAGAUCGCAGUCGAUACGAUAUUUUCAGCAGUGGCUAUGAUGGCUAUCUUCUUGCUGAUUUUCCACUCGGUACAAAAUUUGUUUGCCGAGAUUCUCCAGUUCGGAGACCGUUUAUUCUAUUUAGAUUGGUGGAACGAUUGUAAUUUGAACAGUUGGUUGUUAAAAUGGAACAAGAUCGUACAAGAUUGGCUGUAUUAUUACGUUUAUCGCGAUUUCAAAGAACACAUUUGUGACGAUGGCUUUCUGGCAAAAUUGACUGUGUUUUUGGUGUCUUUUGCUGUACACGAAUGGAUUAUGUAUUGUUGUGUUGGUGGUUUUUUUCCGUUGAUGUUUUUUGUUUUUAUGACUGUGGUGUUUCCUUUGUCGUUCUACGAAUUUCCUAAAACUGUGUUAUUUUAUGUUCUUUGCUUGUGUUUAGCAGGUUUACUGAUCACCGCCGGGUUUAUAUUUUAUACUCUCGAAUGGUAUGCUCGCUCGCAAAGCCCUUUAACAGACCCAACACUUUUAGACUUAGUUGUUCCUAGAUUCAUAACAUGCGAUUGUGUAUUAAAAUGAUAGAUAGUUUAGACUGUGGAAGCGAACGAAAAAAACUAAAAGUAGUUAAUAAAUAAUUGCCUUUGCUGAUUUUGAUUUUUGUUUCUAUUCAGUGCCACGAAUUUUUGA